CAAGACAUUUUCCACAGAGAGAGAGAGAGAGAGAAAUACGAAGGAAGUCUCGCCGGAAAAUCGUACGUCACGUUAUCGUCGCCGGUUCUUCACCGGGGAAGGGAACCGCCAUGGGAAGUCUAGACCCAACAGCACAAGAGUUCAGGCCGAGGCCGAGAUACUGCCUCGUUACUCCUCCAUCUCCUAUCCCCACCGAAAUUCCGCCCCUUAGAGCUUCACCUCCCCAGCUUUUCUAUCCGUACGCUCCUCAAACGGUUGCGUUUUGUGAUGGAUCAGUUGGGUUCCCGCAGUAUGCAGUUCCUGUACCGCCGGCGUAUGUGGUGGCGCAGCCGUCGUUACCUCCUCCGUCAACGGCGGCGACGCGUUCUCUGUUGCUUACGUCGGUUCCUUGUGACGUGAGCGAGACGUUGGUGCGGAGGGAAUUGGAGGUUUUCGGGGAGGUUCGCGGGGUCCAGAUGGAGAGAGUUAUGGAUGGGAUCGUGGCCGUUCAUUUCUACGAUCUGAGGGAUGCGGAGAGGGCGUUGAGGGAGAUUCGGGCACAGCACAUGCAGCAGCAGAGCCGGUUGAGGAACCACUACUUUGGUUUAAUGACGUUGGUUCCUGGUGGCGAUGGCAACGCGUGCCCACCACUCCCUCCGCCGGCGUGUGGUCUGAUCGCAGGUCAGGCCAUAUGGGCCCACUUCGUCAUACCGGCGAGCAACACAGUUCCGGACGGUAAUAAUCAAGGGACUGUUGUGUUGUUCAAUUUGGACCCCGCCGUUUCCGCUUCACAGCUGAAAGAAAAUUUCCACGCUUUUGGAGCGAUAAAGGAAGUUAGGGAGACCCCGGGGAAGAAGCACCAGAAGUUCGUGGAGUUCUAUGACGUGAGAGAUGCGGCGAAGGCACUCAAAGAAAUGAGCGGAAAAGAAAUUAAUGGGAAGCAGAUUUUGAUUGAGUUCAGUCGUCCCGGAGGCUAUAACCGGAAGUUUUUCAACGCCGGCACUGGCGCUAGCACAAUCCAAACUAAAAACCUUGGCUCUGAUAAUCUUCACAAAUUCUCUGGCCACUUACAUUCCAAUGUUUCCCCUCAUUCUUUCCAGUCCCAGAUCCGACCCUCAGCCAACAAAGCGUCAAAUUCCCGGAACCCUAAUGUGAUCAGUAGUAGCAGAAAGACUUCUCUAGAAGCUUCGUUGAGUUCAUUGUCGUUGAGCGCAGGUAGUGCCGGCGGAGUUGAAGAGAAAGUUGCCAACGGAAUUUCGAAAAAGAACGCCAAAAAGAGCCAAAAUAGUCGAUCAACAGCGUCUAGUUCUAAGCAGCAGCAUUCCCGGAAUCGGCCAUGGAAGAGUAAACAGGUGAAGAAGUUCGACCCUCGUUUCCUUAUUAGUGAAGAGGCCAUGGAGGAAGCUAAUUGCAGAGAUUCCCGGACGACCGUCAUGAUCAAGAACAUACCCAACAAAUACAGUCAGAAGCUGCUCCUGAAUAUGCUGGACAAUCACUGCAUCCACUGCAAUGAGCAGAUUGCCGACGGAGACAAUCAGCCGUUGUCGGCUUACGAUUUUGUUUAUCUCCCCAUUGAUUUCAACAACAAAUGCAACGUGGGAUAUGGGUUUGUGAACAUGACGUCGCCGGAGGCGACAUGGAGAUUAUACAAGGCGUUUCAUCAUCAGCAUUGGGAGGUUUUCAACUCCAGAAAAAUCUGUGAAGUCACUUACGCUAGAGUUCAGGGUUUGGAAGCGUUGAAGGAACAUUUCAAGAACUCGAAGUUCCCGUGCGAGCUGGAGCACUACUUGCCGGUGGUGUUUUCACCGCCUCGAGAUGGGAAACAGCUGUCGGAGCCAGUCCCGAUAGUGGGUCAGAAGCAGCAUAUCACUUCCGGCUCUUCCUCCAAAGCCACUGACGACGACGAUGACGACGACUACGACUACGAUAUUGAAACGGCCGGUGGUUCAGAAGAAGGGAGUAAUGCUGAUAAUGCCAAUCACCAUUCAGGUGAGUCUGACCCAGUUGACUAAAAAACGAACAAGAUGAAACUUUCUGGCGGCAGCAAUCUAAACGACGGCGGCGGCGGCGAUGAUGAUAUAGGUGGUCAUGAUGACAAAAGAUUGUUGCAGAAAUCAAAUGUGCAAUUAUUAUAGUUCUUUAUUUUUCUUAAUUUGUUUACUGGAACCAAGGCAGUGUCCAUUUACGGCAGAGCUGCUGCGUCUUUCUUCUCUAAUCUCUUCUUCUGCUGUUGAAACUGGCUGCGCCAACCAAUGGCCAAUACCGUGCUAUUGAGCUUCGAGCCACCCUCUUCCAUAGCCCUGCGCAUCCCUCCACCUUCCUAAUGAGAUUAGCCGCCUGUCGCCUGACCACUGCAGCCAUUAUCUCCCCCAUCAGCUCCUUAACUAGCCGGAUGAAUCUUAAAUACCAUGAAAAUAUUUCUUUCUUUUUUUUGUCUUCUUUUGUACUACGAGUAUUGUGUACGAGUAGUGUGGAUAAUUUUUAAUGAUUAUUUAAAUUUGUUUUUCAUGUUGUCUGUAGUGUUUCUGGGGAUAAUAUAUUGAGAAAUAUUUU